AUGGCCGUCACCGCAAGCCCGUUGUUUUGGCUAUCACGGACCUUUACGGCCACUCUCUCCCAAUCACCACUCCUCAUUCGUCCCAUCGUUCGGCGGCGCGCAACAUUUGCUACGGGGUUCAACAGCUCCCGAAAUGCAUAUGCCUCGGUCUCUACCGCAUCAAGGCCACAUCUCCAACAACGACACGCGCGUAGCCUUCCACCUCGCCGGAUAGCGGCGCAAUGCACGCGCUGGGCCUCUCAAGCAGGAGCGGAGCCAGGAACAGGAUCCCUGCCAGCCAACUACAACAAGUCGUCAAAGUUCCAGAGCACUGGCGAAAGCGACAGCGAUAUUCGAAUCGUAGACUACUCCGACAAGGACGUCCAGCAGCAUACCGUCUCAACCGCAUCCCUACAAUCGUUCCUCGACAAGAAUGAAAAGCCAACCUGGGCCUCCUGCCGCUGGAUCUACGCCAAUGGUUUGAACGAAGAAGUUGUAAAGACUAUCGGCCAUGCCAAAGGUCUGCACCGUUUGGCUAUCGAAGACGUGCUGGACACAACCACCUCCGCGAAAGUCUACUGGUACGAAAGCCACUGCUUCAUGGAGCUUCCCAUGCAGAAACUCGUGCAUCGUCAACAAAAUGACCGCACGGCGGCACAGGCGGAUGUCGUGCUUCAAGACGCACCGCACCGCCGUAUCGUUUCUCGAGACCUAGCUCUGUCCAUCGAGCAGGUCUCCGUCUUUUUGACUGCGGACAAUACGGUCGUCACCUUCUUUGAGAAUUCCGGUGGAGACAUUCUGCGCCCCAUAUUGACGAGAUUGAAUGAAGAACAAACGCUCAUUCGCUCUACCAACGAUCCCUGGAUGCUGGUGCAAGCCGUGAUUGACACCGUGGUCGACCUUUCACUGCCCAUCGGGAAUGCUUCCAAGGAGGUCUACGUCCUUCGCUCUGGCUUGACAGUAUUGCUUAAUAACACGAAUUCUGCCAACGGCCUGGUCAAAACACUCAUCGACCAUCGCGAAAUGAUAGCCUCGAAAGCGCCCAAUGCCAUGCACAUGUCAGUCGGGGCGCAAGUGUACUUCCAAGACGUCCAAGACCACCUUACGACGCUCUCAAACAACACGCACAUGUCCAUUCGGUCGGCAGAAAACCUGACCUCGCUCAUCUUCAACAUGAUUGCGGCCAGCCAAAACGAGAGUGUGCGGCAGCUCACGCUCAUCAGUUCCUUCUUCCUACCUCUCACUUUCUUGACCGGAUACUUUGGAAUGAAUUUUGCUUCCAUGCCAAUUGUCACCGACCACAGCGAUGCGUACUUUUGGAUCAUCGCCACGCCGAUCAUGAUCACGACUCUGUUUGUGUUGGGUGUGCGGAGCUCUUGGUUCAGAUCAUUUGUGUGGCGAAGACGCCAUCCGUCCCCGAGGCAGCGGAGAUAG